AUGGGAACCUUAAAUAUCAAUGUUAAUAGCUCUGUUGUUCGUCCUGAAUAUUUUUUCAUCACUGGACUUACAGGUUUACCAUACAGCCUCUAUUAUUAUAUUUUCUUAUUUUGCAUUUACAUUAUUGCUGUAAUUGGGAACUCUGCAGUUCUUCUCAUUUUAGCCUUUGACAGGAGUCUGCACAGCCCAAAGUACAUUGCUGUUUUUAAUUUGGCUUUGGCUGACUUUGGUCAAGCUAAUGCCUUGAUUCCCAGCACAAUGAAGACUUUUCUUUUUGGGUCACAGUACAUCUCUUACAGUGCUUGUUUGGCCAACAUGUUUUUUGUUUAUUUAUUCAAUACAAUACAAUGCGUCAGCCUCGUUGUUUUGGCAUUUGAUCGCUUUGUUGCUAUUUGUAUACCGCUGAGAUACCAUUCCAUUGUAACGAACCGUGUCAUGAGUUCAGUUUUCUUUGUGUUUUGGAUGCUUAACACUUUUCUGGUCGGUUUACCAGUGUCUGCAAUUACUAGACUUUCAUUCUGCAAUUCCACUGUAAUACAAAGUUUUUUCUGUGACCAUGGACCAAUGUACAAAAUGGCAUGCAAUGACCAGAGCAUAAAUUCAUUUUUGGCUAAACUGAUCACAGCUUCAUACUUUGCAGCACCAAUGAUAAUAUUCCUUUCUUAUCUUUGCAUAUUUUUUGCCUUGAGUAAAAUUACAUCUUGGGAGGAACGUAUAAAGGCCCUGAAGACCUGCGUUUCUCACCUGCUUUUAGUAGGAGUUUCUUACAUCCCCAUAAUCUUCAUGUACAUUACUGCAAUUAUGCUUUCCCUUUCUCCCAAUGCAAGAAUCAUAAGCUCAUCUCUUUCAUAUGCUGCUUCACCAAUGUUAAAUCCCAUCAUUUAUGUUUUAAACACAGCUGAAGUUAAAAACUUUAUCCGAACAAUGUUUAAAAAGAAGUCUACAUCCAUUGUCCAUGGUUCUCUGUAG